UCGGUUGAAGGACCUACUGAGGGGGUAAACAAGCGAUGUUACGUUAAUUAACGAUCGUCCAUCGAUUUUAGCGCAAUAAACUUUGCGUGUGACCGCGUCUGAAGAGAUGACAGAAGAUAACGAGCUGGAAAAGCGUGCGAUCGAGGAGCUCCUCAGGGAGACUGACAGAGCCCGAGUGAGAGCAGAGACCAUGGGCCCUGCAGGAUGGUUGAAGUGCCCUCUGCGGAGCACCAACAAACGCUUCCUCCUCAACACGCUGCGCUCCACCGGCCUGCAACGCCGCACAGGCGAGCCCGAAGCCGGACACUCUACCACAAGGGGGCGCCGGAAGAGCGAAUCCCCGGACAGAGGCCGAGACCGCAGCAGAACACCUCCCAGAGAUCAUAAGAGUAAUGGAGGCCACAUUGAUCAUAAACAUCAUCACAGGGAAGGCCGCAGAAACAGAGAUAAGAAGCUGGAUAGAGACAAAGACAGACGCCACAGAGGCGACAGAGAAAGGAGACACACUGAUAGACCAAGCGAGACAAAGACACACAGAAACUCCAGGAGUUAAAAUAACACACCUGUGUGUGUGUGUGU